AUGGCUAAAGUUUUUCUACUUGUUAUUAUUGCUACAGUGACUUCAGCGAGACAUUUAACUGAAGUAAAUAGGUUUUUAAUCCAACCAUUAAAUCCUGAGUUUGACGCGAGUGGUCACAGCGAUCAAAUUGUACAGAGACGUAAUAUUGACCACAACAGUCGUACCAGUACGAAUGCUCAUCAUCAACAGGGCAGAUAUAGUCCAUAUAUAAAUCAGGAACCACACCAGCAAAAUGUUCCAUAUUAUCAAAGUACGAUUAAUUUUCACCAUUACAAUGUGAUGAAUCAAGAAGAUACAAAUGACAAUAUCUAUAAUGAAUAUGAAUACGGUGUAAGGGCACGUGUUAACUCCCCUAAGCCCAUUGAAGACUUAAAUGACAUUGCAUAUACCAAUGUGCAAUCAAAAAAACACUACCCGACUCACGCUGACACUCAGCCAAAUAUGCGAAUUAACGAAUUUCAUGGUGCUACAGUGACACAAAAAAUAAAUAAAAUAGUUCCUACGUACGAAGAAUUCUUAAACACUAAUAGCAAUCCAGUAAAUCAAAAUACACGUAACAUAAAUGUAAGUAAUGAAAGAAAAACAAGUAUAACAAUGACUGAGGUGGAGACAAAUCGACCUAUAGAAUUUGAUCCUAAAGAUGCUCAAAUUCCGCUAACGAAAGAACCAAGUGGCAAUGAAGAAGAAGACACCGAAGGAUGGAUAUGGGGUUCGAGUACCAAAUCGAGUAAUAAAUCUGUAACCGAUGACGACUUAGACGAUAGAGCCGCGUUUGUGGGAGACAAGUGUCCUACAGGAUAUGCGAAAAUUUGUGGUACAUGUGUGGAAAAACAU